CCCAUCACCAUUAAAAAAAUAAAUUCAACCACAUAUUUUAAAUUAAUUAGCAUUAAUGGCUUCCUUCUUAUCAUCUUCAAGAUCAAAAUUCUCGAGUUUUAUGCUUGAAUUUAGCCUGUUUUUGGUGCUGAUUGGAGCAGCUUCAGGUCAACUAACACCAAAUUUCUAUUCAAGCUCGUGCCCGAAUGUACUCUCUACAAUCCAAUCUGUUGUUCAAUCUGCAGUUAACAACGAGUCUCGCAUGGGAGCAUCCUUGCUCCGACUUCAUUUCCAUGAUUGCUUUGUCAACGGCUGUGAUGGUUCGAUAUUACUUAACGACACUGCAAACUUCACUGGAGAACAAACGGCGUUACCAAAUGUAAAUUCAGUGAGGGGUUUUGAUAUAAUCGACGCCAUAAAAUCACAAGUUGAGAGUUCUUGCGCCGGAGUUGUAUCUUGUGCUGAUAUUUUAGCCGUUGCUGCUAGAGAUUCCGUGGUUGCGCUUGGCGGACCAAGUUGGACAGUGUUAUUAGGAAGAAGAGAUUCAACAACAGCAAAUAGAAGUGCAGCAAAUACCAAUCUUCCUGCUCCGUCUAUGAAUCUAAGCAACCUUACUCAAUUGUUCUUAGACCAUGGCUUUAAUGCUCAAGAAUUGGUUGUUUUAUCAGGAGCACACACUAUCGGGGUUGCAAAAUGCUCAACUUUCCAAACACGGCUUGCACAAGACACCAACAUAAACUCAACAUUUGCUGCAUCUUUGAGAGCAACUUGUCCAAGUGAUGGAUCAGGUGCAAACAACACCGUACCACUUGACAAAACUUCCACGACGUUCGACAAUGUAUACUUCAAUGACUUGUUAACCCAACAAGGUGUUCUGCACUCCGAUCAAGAACUGUUCAGUGGGAAUGCUACUGGAAUCACGGACACUCAAGUCUCGUCGUAUAAUUCGAAUUCUUCAACAUUCUUCACGGAUUUCGCCAACGCAAUGCAAAAGAUGGGUAACAUGAGUGUUCUUACUGGUACCAGUGGAGAAAUCAGAACUAGUUGUUCGCGGAUCAAUGGUGCUAGCUUCAAUUCUAUUGAGAGUAAAAUUAUCGAUUUCAUCACUACUGUCUUUGAUAUGUAAGGAAUACGGCAUACUUUGUGAUUGAUUAUAUUCUAGUGAAAUAAGGGGGAAAUAACAAGUGUUUAAACUUGUAAUCUUGUAUCAUGAGCUUUCAUAUGUCGUUAACGAUUAUAUUUACUUCAAAACUUUGAUUUGA